AUGAACACCGGGAAGAUUGAGCUCGGUGUUGGACUUACCUUGAGAGUUCUGUGCUUAGAGAUCAACACCGAAUCCCACACCGACCAAAGGUGUAUGAACACCAGAUCAAGGUCUAGAAGUUGUGGUCCACCAUUUCCCCUGAAUGACAACAUCAAUCUGUUAGUGCCAAGAAGAAGAAGAGAUAGACGUGCAAGGGAAACUGAUAGAGCAGCUGAUAUGGAACAACAGAGAGAGCACCACGUGGUUGACAUUGAGCACCAUGUUCAAGAGGAGCAACAGGCUCAACAUGUUAAUGGAGCUCAAAGGAAUCAGGCUCAAGCUGAGAGAAAUGAGCAACAAGCCUAUGUCAAUAUAAACAUGGCACAAAGGAAUGAGAGGCAGGAUCAGCAGAAUCAACAGCAGGCUAAUAGAAAUGAGCAACAGGCUCAAUUCAUUCCUCAGCAUCAAGCUAAAAGGAGACAAGAUAUUCCACCAGUGUUUGUUGGGGAAAAUGAUAGAACCAAUGCACACCAGCAUAGAGCAGGAAUCCAAGCACCACCACUUCAGAAUAAUAAUUUUGAGGUGAAGGCUUCCUUGCUCAACAUGGUUCACAACUCCAAAUUUCAUGGUUUGCCAAUGGAGGAUCCUUUGGAGCACUUGGAUCAGUUUGACAGGGUUUGUGACCUCACCAAAAUCAAUGGUGUCUCAGAAGACAGCUUCAAGCUCAGGACAGCUAAACUGAGAAACCAGAUAUCAAGCUUCAAGCAACAUAACAAUGAAAGCUUUGGGGAAGCUUGGGAGAGGUUUAGAAGCUACACCAAUCAAUGUCCACACCAUGCUUAUUCUGAUGCUUCUCUCCUUUCUACACUGUAUAGAGGAGCUUUACCGCAGAUAAGGAAUCAACUAGACACAGCCUCCAAUGGUAAUUUCUUGGCAAAAGAGAUUACAUCUGCUAUGGAACUUGUGGAGAAUUUGGCCAUGUCUAAUGACACAUAUGGUGAGGAUUAUGAUAGGACAAACAGAUCAGAGGCUUCAGGCUCAGAUCAAAGGCUUACUAGAGAGGUUAAAGAGCUGAGGAGUGAACUAGAAAAGCUGAAAUUGGUUUCUCAAAAACCAAUUCACUAUGUUGCUGAGUUUAAUGAUUCUCCAAGCUUUGAGAACAUCAAUGAAGAUGGCCUAACAGAGGAAAAGAUCAACUAUAUUGGGAAUCAACAGAGGUAUCAGAGGUUCAACAACUAUGGAGCCAACCAAAACCUCUCAUACCGCAACCCCAAUGUAGCAAGUCCUCAGGAUCAUGUGUACCAUCCUCAGCAAAACCAACAAUGCUAUGCUACUAAGACUCAGUUUCAGAGUUCUUUCCAACCUAAGCCACAAUUCAGUCAGCCUCAACAGCAAUAUACUCAGCCACAGCAUCAGAUUCAGGGUACAAACUUCAGUUCUCAACAUCAACAGCUCAAGGCGCCUCCAGGUUUCAGUGAGCAGCCGAUGGGUUAG